AUGAAACUCAAUCUCUCCUCUCUUUCUUUCCUCAGCCUUGGCUUUGCCACCAUCAAGUGCUUCGCCAGGGCUGUGGAUGUCGAUGUCGAAACAAUCGACAAAACGGUGGGCAAAGUGGUUGGCGGCGACUCCAUUCCUGCCAACCAAAGCUUUCUUCGUUUCGCUCGUCGUUUGGAGGCAACGGCGGAGUACGGCGAAAACUGUGGUACUGACGGCGACUGCUUCACCGGGAAUUGUGUUACCGUGGGAACUACUUCCACUUGUGACUGCCCCGAGGCGAGUGAUUGCCAUGGAUGCAACGACAAGAAUGGAAACUUGUGCCUUCGUAUCGAGCAAAGCAAAGCCUAUUCGACCAUGUCUGUGUGUGAGAUAUCUGUCUGGGACUAUGUCGAUGAUACCCUCAACCAUGACCUCUUCAGUUUCGGAGCAUCUCUCGUUACUGUGGGCUAUAUUCAUCUCCUCCAGUUGGAAUCGAACAAUGGUGUGUGCGUGGAUGUCACGCCCAAUAUCUCGCAGGCUGCGUCAGGUGGUGGGUUCGUCCUCGAUCCUGCCGUUGUCCAAGCAAACAUUGACCAGACCGAUCCUGACGCUGUGUAA